UGUAAUCAUGUUUUCUUACAGGUUAGGUGAAUGAACUGAUGUCAAAAACCUAUAUCCUUAGCAAAAAUGAGCACUAACCCAAUUUUGCGCAUUUUUCUUAAAAAUUUAAAAUGCAAGUCAAACCAAAUAGCGUUGAAACAAUCACCUAUAAUUGUUUAUACCAAAUUUUGUAGAUAUCUAACAUCGUUAACAAGAGUUGGUGGCUUUAGUAACUACGAGGAAGAGAGAUCAACAUAUAAUCUAACAGUACCAACACAUUUCAACUUUGCUUCAGAUAUUCUUGAUCAAUGGGCUUUUAAGGAAAAGAAUGGUUACAGAACAACCAAUAUCCCCGCAUUAUGGUUUGUUUCUGAUGAUGGCAAAGAAAUAAAACUAAGUUUUGAAGAACUGGAGAUCAAAUCAAAAAGAAUUGCAAACAUACUUCAAAAUCAAUGUGGUGUGAAGAAGGGUGAUCAUGUAAUAGUUAUGCUCCCUAAAAUUCCCGAAUUUUGGUUGGUUUUUAUAGCAGCCCUAAGAAUUGGAUCCAUUUUAAGUCCGGCAACAAUGCAACUAAAAGUAAAAGAUUUAAUUUAUCGCAUGGAAUCCUUAAAAGCUGAAUGCAUUAUAGUUCAUGAUUCGGUAGCAAACAUUGUUGAUGAAGCUUCUAAUUCAUAUAAAUAUUUGAAGAAUAAAGUUAUAGUAGCUGAAAACCCGAUCAGAAAACCUGGAUGGAUUGACCUCAACCAUGUUCAAACUGACACUGUUAAUCAUCAGUGUACUCUGACAAAAAGUGAUGAUUCCAUGAUAAUAUACUUCACAAGUGGAACAACAAGCAAUCCAAAAAUGGUAGAACAUACUCACGCAAGCUAUGGAAUUUGUUUAAGAGAUUACGGCAAGUAUAAUUUAGAUCUUACAAGUAACAACAUACUUUGGGGAAUGACUGACACAGGCUGGGCUCUUACAGCUUAUAACUUAUUUGGAGCUUGGACGCAAGGUGCUUGCAUAUUUGUUCAUGAAAUGCCUAGGUUUUCAGCUAAGAAAACACUUCAAAUUUUAGAAAAAUACCCCAUCGAUACGUUUUGUGCUGGAACGUUUAUAUACAAAUCACUUGUGCAGGAAAAUCUAAAUGUUCAUAGAUUCAACAAACUGGAACACUGUUUCUCUGGUGGAGAGACACUGAAUACUGAAGUUAUAAGAAAAUGGCUGGAUAAAACUGGGUUAAGAAUAUACAAUGGUUAUGGACAAACCGAAACUAUAAUUAUGACUGCUACACGUAAAUGCAUAGAUUACCGCAUGGGUUCAAUCGGCAAAUGCAUGCCAGGACUUGUUGUAAAAAUAGUGGAUGAAAAAGAAAAUGAAGUUGGUCCAAAAGUCAUCGGGGAAAUCGUAUUGGAAAGAAAAAGUACGCCUGCAAUAUUUAAAAGAUAUAAAAAUAACCCAGAAGCAACCAAAGCACACCUUUCUGAAAAAUACUUGCAUACAGGUGAUUUCGGCUUCUAUGAUGAAGAUGAUUUCUUCUGGUUCGUUGGACGAAAUGAUGACCUUAUAAACUCAGCCGGUUAUCGCAUCGGUCCCACUGAAGUUGAAAAUGCAUUGAUGGAUCAUCCAGCUGUUGCAGAAGUCGCUGUAACAAGUAGCCCGGAUAAUCAGAGAGGAGAGAUUGUAAAAGCUUUUAUCCGUCUCAACAAUGAUACACAACCUAGUGAAAGCCUGAUUAAGAAACUGCAAGAUCACUGCAAGCGUUCAACUGCACCUUACAAAUAUCCCAGAAAGAUAGAAUUUUUGGAAGAAUUUCCGAGAACAGCCAGCGGAAAAAUAAAAAGAUCUGAACUCAGACAAAAAGAGUGGAAGAAUUUUUAGAAAUUAUUUCAACCUUUCAAAUGUUUUAACAUGAACUGACAAAUGGUACUGUGUUCUGAUAAGUAUGGUUUUGAAAUUUUAAGAUAAAGAAGCAUUAAUUGAAAUAUGUAUUUUAUAUUAUUAUUAUUAUUGUGUACAAAUAUUGUAAACAAAUUGGUUUUACUCAAACAUUUUAUACUCAUUAUGACAAAAAGUAGAUCUAAAUAAAUAAAGUAGAAGGUUUA